GAAGGAAGGAAGGCAGGAGGGAAGAUGGGAGGGAAGGAAGAAGGAACAGCAGAGAGGAUGAGACAAGACAAACCAUGUGGGAGGUGUAAAUCCUGUAAAGGGUGAAGCGGCAGUGAGAGGAGGAGAGGUAUGAAGAAUAGGGAGGUGUCGGAGGUGUCCCACGGGCAUGUUUGUCCUCUGGCCGUUCAGCCUGUGUGUCUCUGCUCUGCACACAGACGCUCUGGGAGGCAGAAGAAAGACCGUCUAAAAAUAAACUGACACGCACCACCAGCAGAAAAACAAACUGACGGAUAGAAGAAGAAGAGGACAAAGAAGAUCUCCCCUUUUGUUUUUGUCUCUUUCACCCCGUCUGUCCCUCCCUCUCUCUCUGCUCCAUUUCUGUGUGUCUGUCCUCAUUACGGCCUGAGAGGAGGUCAUGUCCCAGUCUGGAAAAGUCCUUCAUUUGUAUGUAGAAGUGAGGUCUGCCCCAGAUCAGAGUGGAGGGAAGGAAGGGAUAGCUCAGGGGCAUUCGGUUCAGGACAGCCCAGUGGAGCUCCUGUCUCAGCUAGCAAGCCAGACGGCAGUCACCAAGACCUCCACGGCUCACAGUCUGGUUCAGGACUGCACACAGUCUCCUUCUAGAAACAGUUUUCAGCCCCAGCAAGCCAGCAGCUCCCCUAAAGUCGCAAAGCAUCGGAGUGCACCAUGUGAUGGAGUGUCGGCCAUCCACUCGCCACCAAUGAUGCCCUCUUCUGGAAAGGUCACGCACACGCCUCCCAACUGCAGGAGGUUUAAGGAGGAGGAGGUCAGCGAUGGUACGCGGUCUGUCGUCACCUUCAGCUACAUCGAGAAGUCGAAUGUGAAGACCUUGGACAGUCCGCGCAACUCUGUGUGCGAGAGACGGACCAGAGAGGAGAGAUCCACCCCCUCUCACUUUCGUAAAAGACUCAGCGACCCAGUUUGGUUUGGGAGUCCCGAUUCAUCGUGCAGCUCCAGUCCCAAGCUGACUUUCCGAUCUCCAGGAAGUCACCAGCAGAUGUUCUCUCCCGGCCUUCACCAACCAGCCUUGGACCCCAUCGGCAGGGCAGCUACCCAGAGAGCUGUGGAGGAGUUUGGCUCCCCUCUGCUGAGGAUCAAACUAGCCCACGCGCUCGAACAAGCCUCAUCCUCACGCUACAGCCGACAGCCGCGCUGUCAGUCCUGGGCUGGGUCUCCGGUUCAGCGUCCGAACAUAAACCUCAAAGACCACGUUGCAGAUAGGAGCCAGGCUGUUUGUGGGCUGCCUCGGAGCCCCGCGUCAGACCAGCUGUCCUCCCAGUCCAGGCAGACUCCUCACUCGAAGCCCUGUGUCGAGAUCCAGAGUCCUCUUCACUGGUCAGGAGAGGACAGAGCUGUGACAGGAAGUCCAGCUGCAAAAAGACACGUUCACAUGUCCAGCAACAGGAGCACUUCACCGCAGGGAGCAAUCCUUCAACUUGGCAAUAAUGUAGUUGAGGGCUUGAACCAGUUAAGUGACAGUAAAUCCUCCUCUCCAGCUCACAGCCCUGAGGUUGCCCGCAGGCUAGCAGAGGAGGCAACCAAAGUAUCUUCUAUUUUCACAGAGGCGAGACGGUCCUCACUGCACAACGCUUUAGGUGAGCCUGCUGGAGAAUUCCAAAGUCCAGCUCCAAACGCACAACAGUCUAAGCAAACGCUUAAGAUGAACAUCCCUUUAAACGACCAAUUCACGCCAGCAACUGACAACACAGACUCUCACCAGCCUGAAAACUCCGUCAUGCAUUCACAUGAAACAAACUCUAACUAUCAGACAGACUGCGUUCAGAAGUCCAGCUCAAUUUUAUCAGCGGCUCCGAGUUCCCCCGCCAUUCCUUCACGCGUCCUCCGUCCCUCACAUCCUCCCACUGAGCUCAGCUCUCCCAUGAGGGACCCCAGGCUAUUCCAAGCUGAGCUGCGAGCACCGGAUACCCCCACCCUGCAUCGCCGUCAGCUCCCACAGUACGCCAGAGAGUCCUGGUCCCCGUGCCUGGACAAGAGAGGAGACUUGAGCUGUUUCGAGAGAGGGGACUGCACUGAGCUUGCUCGCAGGCUCUUCAUCAAUCAGAGCGUUGAGGAGGCUCCAGUCAGUUGGACAUCGAGGCAGCAGUGGGGGAAUCAGGUGGAGAGCAGCCCGAGGCCGAGGCCGAGCCCUGAGCCUGGAUUUGGGUCUAUAAAUGAUCAAACGUCUGAUCAUCAGUCGAGUCGCCGUCACAGGCCGCUCAGUCCCACGGCCCAGCAGAAACGGGCUGAGCAGAGGAGGAGAGAGAUCCUGCUGCUGGGACCGGUGGUGCUGGACUCUGCAGAGGAGGACGAGGGUUGUGAUGAGGAGGGACAGGGCAACGAGAUGGAGAGAUAUGAGGCAGAGCAGCAGAGGGUGGAGGAGCCUGCAGAGGCGGAGCAGAACGGAGCGAUGGGAGGGUCGUCCUCGCGGAGCUCCAGUGGGGUGACGGGCAGCUUGGGGGACAGGGACUGUGUGUCCCCCGAGUCCAGUCAGUCCAGUCAUCAGAGCAACGAGACCGGGGCCGCCACCUCAGGAAUACAGACGGACAGUGGCUGUGCAGUCCCCGUGCCCUCGCUCCACUGUCAGAGGAUCGCUCGUGCCAAGUGGGAGUUUUUAUUUGGGACCCCUGCUGAGGAGGCUGCUGGCAGGGGGGAGAAAAAUUCUCUGGAGACCUCCACAGCUCCUCCCAGCGGUAACUCCAGCGAGUCUCCCACCCCAACUCCCCCUUCCUCCCUCCCUCUGCUUUCUGCCAAUCACGAGGUGCAGCACGUGGAGGUCGAGCUGGUGACCCCACCUCCCGCUGUUAUCGGGACGUCACCCAAAACCGGCAUCAUUCGCCGGACGUUAAAGUACUCAGAAACGGACCUGGACGCCGUCCCACUGCGCUGCUACAGAGAGACAGACAUAGACGAGGUGCUGCUGGCUGAGCAGGAGGACGCCGAUUCAGCGUUCGGGAGUAACCGCAGCGUGCAGGGCACCUCGGGGACAGGCAGCAGCCCGCUGGGGGGGCUGGCUUAUGGGAGGACAGAUGGGGAGGAGGGAGAGGAGGGAAGAGGAGGAAGGGAGGAUGGGGAGGAGGAGGAGGAUGAAGAAGAGGAGGAGGAAGAGGAAGAGAUGGUGAGCUGGGCCAGUGUGAGGAUGCAGGGAGACAGCAGGAAGCAGCAGUAUGCAGCUCAGGAGGAGCCAGAGGUGUUUGGACACCUUCUGAAGAGACCCAUGGAGACAUUUUUUGACAACCACCACCCGGCCCUGAAAUCCCCCAUCCUGGUCUCCGGUCCUCGCUGUGCCGCGGAGGACACCUUCAGCCGCCACUUUGAGAGCAUCAUGGAGUCCCACAGAGCCAAAGGCACGUCGUACAACAGCCUGGACAGCGAGGAGCUGCUGACCUCAAGCACGCAAACCGUCCUGACCUUUGACCUGCCCACAUUGACCCCUGCCAUCCACGGGCCGGUCUGCCAGAGCGCCAGGCAGAUCGUCCAGCUCAGCUUCGCCCCACUGGCGCACGACGAGAGGCCCAGUCUGUCUGAUUCCAUCUUCACUGUGACGGGGGACUCGGACGCCACCCGAGCCCCCUCCAGCGAGAGGCUGAGCAGCGGGUCAGAAGACACGCCACCCAGAGGACGACAGUGUUCACAGCUGGGGAGCAGCUGGUACAGCAACCUGUCUUUCUCAUUACCAAGCAGGGACAAGGCUCGUCUGGCGACAGAUUCGGAGCUGGACCAGGACCUCAGUGACCGGCUGGGUCUGGGCAGCAGUGACACCCUCACCAAUGGCAGCCACCGUGCCGACGUGGCAGCCGCCAGACGCCUCGCCAAACGUCUCUUCAACUUGGACGGCUUCAGGAAGUCUGAUGUGGCGCGUCACCUCAGCAAGAACAAUGACUUCAGUCGUAUGGUAGCAGAGGAGUAUCUGAGUUUCUUCAACUUCACAGGACUCGGUCUCGACCAGGCGUUACGGAUUUUCCUGAGGCAGUUUGCUCUGAUGGGAGAGACUCAGGAGAGAGAGAGGGUGCUGUCUCACUUCUCCAAACGUUACUGGGACUGCAACCCAAAGGUCAUACCGUCAGAGGAUGCAGUUCACACUCUCACCUGUGCCCUGAUGCUGCUGAACACUGAUCUACACGGUCAGAACAUUGGUAAGAGGAUGUCGUGUACGCAGUUCAUUGGCAACCUGGAGGGACUGAACGACGGCCAAGAUUUUCACAAGGAUCUGCUUAAAGCUCUCUACAACUCCAUCAAGAAUCAGAAGCUGCAGUGGACGCUCGACGAGGAAGAGCUGCGGAAGUCGUUUUCGGAGCUCGGGGACAGCCUGUGUGACUCCACCGCCUCCAGAUCUGUGAAGGGGGAGGGCAGCAGCGGGAGGACGGAGGAGACGCAGCCAACCGGAUCACUGCUGUACAAGAAUGGGUUCCUGGUUCGCAAAGUCCACGCAGACUCAGACGGCAAGAGAACACCAAGAGGGAAAAGAGGCUGGAAGACCUUCUAUGCCAUCCUGAAAGGGUUAAUCCUCUACCUGCAGAAAGGGGAGUACAGGCCUGAUAAACAGCUGUCUGAGGAGGACCUGAAGAACGCUGUGUCUAUCCACCACUCUCUGGCCAUGAAGGCUUCAGACUACAGCAAGAGGCCCAACGUCUUCUACCUGCGCACCGCUGACUGGAGGGUGUAUCUCUUCCAGGCACCGAAUGCGGAGCAGAUGCAGUCUUGGAUCACACGGAUCAACACGGUGGCCGCCAUGUUUUCAGCUCCUCCUUUCCCAGCAGCCAUCGGCUCGCAGAAGAAGUUCAGCCGGCCGCUGCUGCCGGGGACGAUGUCAAAGCUGUCGGAGGAGGAGCAGAUCAGAUCCCAUGAAGCUCGCUUCAGAACCCUCUCCACUGAGCUGGCCGAGCUGCGCUCCUACCCUCCUGAUCGCAAGGUCAAAGGGCGCGAGCUAGAAGAGUACCGGCAGCGAGACGAGUAUCUGGAGUUUGAGAAAACACGGUACGGCACUUACGUCAUGCUGCUGCGGGCUAAAAUCCGGAGCGGCGAGGAGGACCUGUCUGUGUUUGAGUCCCAGCUGCUGGAGGACAACGGGCUGCAGAGGGCUCACUCCAGCCCCACGCUGCAGGACAGCAGCCAGGCCAGCCAGAUCAGCCAGGCCAGCAGCACCAGGGACGGAGGCAACAGCAGUAAAGCCAGCGGCUGCAGCAGCAAGCUUCGACAGGAAGGCCAGAGACACAGCUACCGGCAGGCCGUCAAGAAGUGAGACGGGGCGGGGGCGCCGGGAGCGGCACAGCGUUGCACUGCCAGCGGCAGGCUGUCUCCCUGCAUAGGUUUUUAUUUGAGAUCCAGGAGGGUUUGGAGCUCUGCUUGAAGGGGGAGCAGGAGUGAGGGUCCACCCCACGCCCUCCCCCGAACCAUGACGCCCUACCCGGCACCCCAAUCUUCUCAUCGAACAGAGGAGGUGCAGAUCCUGUGAGUGGCUGAGAAACACCAGCGAGGACGUUGGUGCAGGAGGUGGGAGGAACGGCUGGGAGGUCACAGGUCUGCAGAGACGAGGUGUCUUUGAGAACUGGGUGCGGCAGCAGACUGAACUGUGCAGCGAGAUCCAGAGAAGUGCUUAUAGAUCGAACACGGCACCACACGGGGACGUACAUCCAGCAUCCUUUCCUUUUCUCCCCUUUGGUUCUUUGGAGGCACCUCUCCCGCCACCUUCUCCCGCCACCUUCUCCCGCCUUUUUUCUUGACCUUUCACUCAGUUUUGGGACCAAACAUUUUAGAACAUCACAUUUUAGACGACUCAGUUGAAUUGCUACACUGACAUGAAGCGCUGUAACAGUCACUAGACUUCAUCACCAGGGUCUUACGGAGCCAUUUUACAUUCCAGCUCCUUGUUUUUGCCACAUCACCGCGGUGUGUUCACAUUCCACACAGGAGCCAGACAUCACAGCUUUUAGCUCACUGAAGGUGGCAUCAGGUUGGGACGGUGCACAACACGUGGUGAGGAAGUGUUGAGGUGUGGCUGCGGAACACGGUGACACGGUGCAGCUCCUCUUUUCUCUCGUCACUGACGGCCGGUUCGAGGCGUCAGUAGAACUUGACAGUACUCCUGAUAUGCAGCAAAAUGCAUCUCAUCUAGAGACUUUUGUUUUGUUGCUCUACUUGAACAGGUGGUCUCUUUCCCAGUUGCUUUGGCUUCUGUCCCGUGGUGUGCUUCUGUUCUCUUUCUAUUUCUUGGCCGAAUGUUGUUUUUCUCCAGUGAUCCGCAUGCCUGCAUCCAGCACUGCUUCUUUUAGGCCUUUUACUACUUUGAGGGCAGCAAACGUUGCUCUCCGGGGUCCUUUUUCUCCUCAUGCCGGUACCAUAGCCAACACAUGUAAUCUGCGUCUGUACUUAUAGCCUCUCAUUUAUAAACCCUAUUUUAACACUCACCAGGCAGACCCUGAAUGUUCUUGUUUUUUCAAUAUUUUUACGGUAUUUUACAGUCGUUUGUUGAUGUUGAACCUCCUGUGUACGUCAAGUGUAUGAUGAAAUAUGAUAUUGAAAAUGUAAAAUAUGUUACCCAUACUCUUUGUAAACAUCCAGGAUGUGUUGUACAUAUAUAUAGCGCACCGUCAGCUUAUAUUGUAGGAUAUAUGACGUAUAUAUAUUUACAAUAUAUUCAAACACACUAUUGUGAAGAUGCAUUAGGUGCACUCUCUUGUAAGUCCUAAAAGCGCUACACGAUAAUCAUGUGUUUUUUUCUUACAUGGUAAUAAUUCAGCACAAUAUGAGUAUUAUAGUGACGCCUAUGUACCUAUCAGAGAUUAGUAGGUGAUGGAGGGGUUGUGACGGGGUCUCACACACACACACACACACACACACACACACACACACACACAUGUGGCGGUGAAAUAAAGCUAAGUCAUGUGAUUUCAGCCGCUGUGGGAAAUGAUCCAAAGACAGCGCAUGGUUGGCUAGCAUGAUUUAAAGGGAUCAGGGUUGUUGUCAGAGAUGCAUGAAAAAGGUGGGGAAUGUAUUAUACAAAAAAAAAGGGAGGAGCUCCUGGUGUAGGAGGGUGAGGGCGGCCUGGUUUAUGUUUUGGUUGGUAGCCAUAAACGCCUCAUAGCAUCAUAGCCAUUCUCUACUCAGGCUUUAAAGUGACACCUUGAGCAGCUGCAGUGCCGGCGUCCAACCAGCAGGGAGAGCUGUCCACAUUUUUUCAGCCAUAAUCACACCUGCUGCACCUGCAGUGAAUAUGCAUGGCCACUCACCUGAAGGGUGGGGGCGGGUAUCGCAGGGCUAAAUGACACAACACCUGUUUGAGUCUGUUUCAGUGUUCGUCCAUCUCGCCGUCUGUUGUGCAGCGUGUGCAGCGUGUGCAGCGUGUGCAGCGUGUGCAUGCUGCCACUGAGCUGGAGGCAAAAUUAUCCAGCCAGCUGUCGUGUCGUCUGAAGCUUCCUCCACCCAGCGUCAGUCCCCAUGUUGUUUACUCUAAAUGUGAAUUUGUUUUUGGAACACUUGAUGAAAUAUUCAGGCUCAGUGUUUGCCUCCUGAUCACGUUCUGCCUGCAGCUUCAGAGCUGAGACAUAACUCCAUCGACAGAAAGUCAGUCAGCACUUUUGUUUGAGUCGCUCUUCAAGCAAAAAUGCAAAACAUUCCCAGUUCCAGCUUCUUCUGAGUGUUUCCUUCUUUUCUGUGUUGUGUGUGACAGUGACUCUGGGUAUCUUUGGACAAAUGGAGCACAGUGGAGACACUUGUGACUGCUGUUUUCACUGCUUUCUCAAUUUGGUCCACCAGAUGUUUUAUCGAUAACAGUGAUGGGUGGAAAUCGAUUCUUUAUGUCCAGUAUGAACCGGCUCAGACUGUCGAACCUCCCAGUGAUCAUGAACCCCUCUCCAGUCGAGACCUUAGGAUAGUGAAGGAAUGACCCGCCCUGCGCUCCCUCUGAUUGUCUGGUACUCUUUGCCUUUGUUGGUUGGACUGGUGAGGGUUAGGCUAAGAGUGUCAGGGUGAGCCGAUCAGAGGCACAGUGACGCAGAACAUCCCAAAUGCACCACCAGCCAGGGCCGAUGGUGCAUUCACUUGCUCCUCAGAUGCUUGUCCUUCCAAUUUCAGUAUGUUCAUGAGCUUUAGGGCUGCGUUCAGAUUUCUUUUCUUUUUCUUUCCAAUAAUCAGAUGGAUUUGUGUGUCCAGACAUCACCAACCUCUCUGUAUGGGUUGCUGUGGUAACAACGUAGAGGUCAUUGACUAUGUAGCUGGUUCCAAUGUGAAAAACUGAGGUCCAUAACUUUUCCAUCCAAACAAAUGAUUUUGCUGUCAAUCCACAGACUGCUGUUCCUCAUGUUGUCCUCUUUAGCACUCUGUUAGCAGCAGCAUGGAUCUGCUCAAAGACACUUUGAAAUCCGAUCCAGACUGAGACACAUCCGUAAACACAGAUUGGAAUUGGAGUCAACCACCUCCAAAUGUGGUUUGGAUCAGAUUUUAAAAACUUCAUGUGGUUGUCUUGUUGUCUCGACCUCCCAGAAUCAGUCUGGAUGUGCCAAAACACACUUUGGGCUGACAGUCUGAACGAGGCCUCAAUCAUGAUGUGUCGAAGAAAACAACAACAGCAGAGGAAACAGAUCAGCUGAGACCUGAAAUGUGAUUAUUAUUCCGACGCCACAUGAAUGCAGCACAGGCCUGAGGAGGUCACUGGGACGUCGGCUACUUGCUCCUCAAAAGUGGAAAGCUGAAUCAAUGCAUUGAAAUCUUUGUUAGUGUAAAUGUAGACGUGAUGACUGGGAGGUUGUGUUGAACGUGCACGUGCCAUAACGAGGUGUCACAGAGACGCUGACACUGUGUAUUGCAAAAAUGAUCAGAACUCAAAAGGUCUGAGAGGUUCGACAAGUUCACAUGAAUCGAUCGGAAGACACAGAAUCGAUCGGCCCGUCACUGAUCGAUAACGAGUUUAUUACUCUCAUCUUUAUCUCCUCUGCUCCUCUCGUCUCUCGUCUCUCCUUCACCUCAGUCACUUCUCAGUCAGGUGUUUUUUAAAAAAAGGUUGAUGUUAAUAUUGUUGCCAUGGCUGACAUCUUGUACCUUUCAGCAGUUAUAUAACUCCACAUCACGGCUCUGUAUUUAUUAAUAGUGUUUGACUCUGCUGUUUAUAAUGUGGCCAAACUGUCAGACUCAUGCUGAGUGCCAUUCAUGGAGGAGGAGGAGAAGAAGAGGGGAGGUCUGAUUCAUUCUGUCAACCUCAGAUAAACACUGAUGUUUCAUACAUGUGAGGACACUCAUCAGAUUUGAUCCUGGAAUCUUACAUUUAGUUUUAUCUCACACAUCAACGGCUCUCGUUCACAUUUAUCUCUAACUGGAAAUCUUUUUGUGUCCCAGUAUCAUCUGAUGUCACACAGUCCCCUAAAUGCACCGUUUAUAGCAAUCGUUUAGCACAAAUGUCACCAGACAGUCCACCCUGACUCUGUUCUAGAGCUUCUUCUUAAUCCUUAUCAAAUUUCCCUUCAUCCUUUAAUUUGAGGUCAAGAUUGAACUUUGAGCGCCGCCUGCUAGUUCAUCUGGUAGAGCAGGCGCCCCGUGUACAAAGGCUGUGUCCUCGUCGCAGCAGCUGCAGGAUUGAUUCCACCUCACACUCACUAUAUCUGUCAUGUCAAAUAAAGGUAAACAGCUCAAAAAGAUUAUUUAAAAAAGAACUUUCAGUUUCAAAUGUGUGAAAUGUGUGCGUGAGAGCUGAAACAAUUAGUCGGUCAAAAAGGAAAUAUUCUAAUAGUUGAUUCAUCUCCAUCUUUAAAGCUAAAGUGUCAAAUAUUUUCUGCUUCCAGCUUCUCAAAUGUCAAGACUUGCUGUUAUUCUUUAACAUAUAUGACAUUAAAUUAAAUCAAUUUGAAUGUUUGGACAAAAGCAUAUCGCCAUCGACUGUCAGAUUUUAUAUUUUUCACUAUUUCUGACCGUCGUCCCGCUGCUCCACAGACUGAGGCUGACGACAGUAACUGUGCUCAACAAAAUGUUUUGACUGUUCAGCCAGACGUGUUUUACAAAGACAAGUGAUAAUACUCGUAUUAAAUGGAUCCUCUUUAAGUAGUUUUUAUGCCUAAAAAUCAUGAUCAGUGAUUUGACCUUUGACCUCAGUGAUGCAACUGUAUUCACUAAUUUAACUUUAACGGCUGUGCUGCUGAUGUGAAGGCAAAGUGCAGUUUUUAUUUUUAUUAGAUUCAUUUUAAUUUCAUUUACAGACGUCUGUUUCAAGUUUAAUUUUGUUAUAACAUUCACAUCAUCAGGUUUGAACUAAAUUAGGACUCCUUGGCAUCAAUCAUCAUCUUCGUCACUGAUCUUGCUCUGGCAGGGGUGCCAAACUACGGCGUGUGGCCAAUCUGAGACCUGCUUUUAAGCUGGCCAGUGUCUCCUUUCUUUUUUUUGAAUAAACUAGAAUACGGCAUGAGAAUAUUUCCAAUAAAUCACUCUGUGUGUGCAUUUCACAGCCGCGUUUUAACACAAUGUUGCUGUCACCUUGAGCAACGAGGCAACGAGGCUAACAGCCCCGCCACUGCAUGUCAUGAUUCCAACACUAGUUCAGUUUUAUUUAUAAAGCCCAAUAUCACAGAUCACAAUUUGCCUCACAGCUGAUCAGGAAAAACUCCACAAGAAACCCUUUACCUGGGAAAAUGAUGUCGCUACUUCACCCACACUGAUUGACUCCUAGUCGAUAAAAACUUAGACCUCAGUAAACGUGUUCAUGGACCUGAAAAGACGCAGGAUUGGGAAAUACUUUUGUGAUAUGUGGCAGACCAGUAACCUGCUGUGAUGUCAGAUAUGAAACUGUUCAGUGGCGUCGUGUCGUAACUUUGAUAGUAAAUUAAUUUUCUGAUCCACAAACAUUGAUUUUCUUGCCGUGUUACUGGUUGAGAACUGUUCAUUUAUUUGACCUGUAACCUCUUAAAUGUUUCUGUACGUGUCCCACAGUCAAACACGUUUGGCCCCUGUGCUGAGGUCUUUGUCAAGUUAUUAUUUUAUCCAUAAUAUAUUAUGUUCUGGCAGUGACGCAGUGAUACAACACGACCCCAACAGAAUCUCUAGUAAUAUUAUUACAUCUACAGUGUUACACAACAUGUGACCAUCCGAAAUAAACUGUUUUUAUAUUUUCAGUCAUCCACACUGAUUCACACUGGUCCACACUGAUUCACACUGGUCCACACUGGUCCAUACUGGUCCACACUGGUCCACUUCCACCAGUGUGCCAACCUAAAAACAGAUGAGUGUUCUCAGCACAGGCUGUACGCUCUCCUUACACAGUAUGGCUGGAUGUGGUGUGUAAGACAGGCAGUUCUUCACAGAUUCCACCUUGACAAACUCUCCAAGGUCCUCCCUUCCUCCUCCUCCUCCUCCUCUUCAUCUCCCCAUGUGUUGUCACCUCUCACUUACAUCAAAGAGCAGCAGCAGGAUCUCCAUGGCACUGGUUAGCAUGGAAAUGACUGGUUCCCCUGGUGACGGCUCUCUGAUGCUCGAGUGAAAGUCACCUCGUUGUCCUGCAUUCACGGCGGCAGAAUACCUCUGUUAAAGCAGCAGUGCAUGCCUGCAGCCAGCUGUCCUCUACGAAAUACUGUUUUCAUUUAUGCCCAUGAACGCCUCGUUUCUGAAUGUAAAUAAAGCAUGAGAUAUUA